GAGAGGGGGGAUGCAAUAGCCAAGGCUCCAUCCUGCUCCGCCCUGGAUUAAAAACCUCGGGAUUUGAAUUUUAUCAAGGGGUGGGGGAUUGUCUGCUGGGCUCGAGAUCCUCAGGGGUCUGCGCGGAGGCAGGAACGGUGGGGAGCGGAACAAGCUUCAGGUAACUGAGCAGGAACUCUGGCCCUGUUACUGACUGGCCCCAUUCUGGCCCCAUUGCUCAGACCCACAUGCACUGUGAGCCGUCAGAGGGAUAACACAUCCUAAGGACAGUAGACUCCAGGUACAUAGACCAGAAAAGUAGGAGAGGCUUCCAGUAGACAGGAGCGGGAACCAGAUUUGAAUGGGUAUAAGUCUGCCUCCCCAGAGAUAAAAUGGCUGAAUAGUAGUAGUGGAAGGUGGCAGCCCUGGCUCUCCAAAUUCAGGGAAAGCUUGACAGAAGGUCGUGUCCAGUAGUGAAAAUGGAGCAGCAGGCACCAGCAGGCCUCAGGCCAGGAGAGGGACUGGGGGGAACGGGCAGAGACAGUUUUGCUAUCCAGUCUAGGAACAUCCGGGAGUUACCACGCUGGGCAGUGCCAAGACAGGAGGGCAUCCCUCACCGCCUGGAAUCCCAGUGGCAGGAUUUGCUGAAGACCAUGCAGUCCUCUCCUGCAGGAUGGGGAAACCCACAGAUGCCUGAACUGUCCUCCUGGGAUGACCUGGUCACUUUUGAGAGAGUGUUUGGCUCUUGCCAGUGGCCUAGAGGUGAUGGGGUGGCCCGACUCAUGCCGGCUUUUGGUGCAGAAGCUCAGCAAACCUUUAGCAGCCUGAAUGCCAGAGACAAAGUGGACUAUGGGAAGGUCAAGGCUGUCUUCUUACAAGGGAACUCCACCAGCACAGAGAUCCAUCGCCAGCGCUUCAGGCAGUUCUGCUACCAGGAGGCUGAGGGGCCUCGUGAGGUUUGCAGCCGACUGCGGGAACUCUGCCAUUGUUGGCUAGAGCCAGAGAGCCGGCCAAAGGAGCAGAUCAUAGAGCUACUGAUCCUAGAACAGUUCCUGACCAUCCUACCACAGGAAAUCCAAAGUCAGGUCAGGGACCGUAGUCCAGAGACCUGUGCCCAAGCCGUAGCCCUGGCUGAAGGCUUCAUCUUGAGACAGCAGGAAGGCGAGCAGCAGGAAGAACAGGGACCUGAGGCAUUCCAGGAGGCACCUGUGGAUUUUUCUGAGGCACAGAGGGUCCUGCUGGAUGCCAGACAGAGGCAGAUUGGUCGAGAAGCCAGGAAGCAGGAUAACGGCAGCACCGGUUCAUUGGGCAAGGGUUCCAAGAUAGUGAGCAGAGCAGAAGAGCAGUUUGAACAUCAAGAGACCAGGGAGGAAGCAGCACCUGCGCUACCAGAGGGAACCCAAAGAAAAGAGAAGUCCCAUCUCUGCAUUGAAUGUGGCAAAAGCUUUACUCGGCCAUCAGAUCUGGCUAAACACCUGAACGUCCACACAGGAGAAAAACCCUACCUGUGUGUCGAGUGUGGAAAAAGUUUUAGUCAGCUCUCCCAUCUUACAAGACACCAGAAAAUCCACUCAGGAGAAAAACCCCACAUUUGCUCAGAGUGUGGAGACACAUUCAGCCAGCGGGCGUAUCUCGUCAGUCAUCAAAGAAGCCAUUCAGGAGAGCAGCCCUACCGCUGUUCUUACUGCCAGAAAUGCUUCAGCCAUCAGUCAGCCCUUAAGAUACAUGAGCGGAACCAUAUGGGUCAGAAACCCUAUGCUUGUACUGACUGUGGAAAACGGUUUGUUUCUUCCUCUUCUCUGACUACCCACAGGAGGAUCCACACAGGAGAGAAGCCUCAUGCCUGCGGGGUGUGUGGGAAAAGGUUCAUCCAGCAUUCUAACCUUGUAUCACACCAACGGACCCACUCAGGGGAGAAGCCUUUCUCCUGCAAGGUGUGUGGGAGGAGAUUUGCCUACCCUUCUGAUCUGACUAGACACCAAAAAAUCCACACAGGAGAGAAGCCCUACCCCUGCGAUGAGUGCGAGAGAAGAUUCACCAGGCUCUCUGACCUUAUUACACAUCAGCGAAUUCACACAGGAGAAAAACCAUAUCGCUGUCUUGAGUGUGGGCGAAGGUUCAGGCAGAGGGGAGUGCUGGUAAAACACCAGAAGUGCCAUUCAAAAGAGAAUCCAAAGGGAAGCGAGUCUAUGCAGCCCACAGAACCACCAGCAAACAGCGAGUUCAAAGUCCGCGAGAUAAAGCAGGAGAAAGAAGAACUGGAGAAUCUGGCCGAGCCCAGUUCUGUUCCCUUACCCAGCUCCUGAGGAUACUUGGGCCUGUGACUUUUAUGGAGUGAUAUUUCCCUUUCCUCUGUUGCCAACUACCUGCUGAGUAACUGGUCACAAAAGCAGUUGUCCAUUGGCAUCUCCUUCUUGAGCUGUUAAGAACACAACACAUGGGAGUACUUUGUGGACUGAGCUGUAGGUUCAGGAGAAAAAGGUAGGGAGGAAUAAAAGCUUGUCCUCUCCUCAGCCACCUCCUUGCUGACUGUCCUGCUAUCACUGUGUCCCUUGGAGGAAGCCAAGAUGAUCGCAUUUGCUCGACAGGCACUGAAAUAAAUCUCUCCCAAGUAGUUGGCUUGUCUUUGUGGACUGCAUAAGAAGAGAAUCCUCUUCAGAAAUAGUAGCUCUUUGUUACCUUGAGAGAAAGCACUAAAUAUAGCCACCUGCUCUGCAUGUAUCUAAGGCAUGACUGGGACAAUGGAGUGCACUUCUUUAACUUAACUCCAUACAACGUUGCUGGAGAAAGUGAAUAUAGCUCCUUUCUGUCAGGGAAAACUCAGCCAGGGACUGGGGUUGUAGCCAAACGCACCAUAAAACCCAAAUGGGCCAGGUGUGCACAAGGGUAGAAUGCCAUGGUAAAGGCAUAGGCUAGUAGCCUUCUUUGCAUCACCCCACAAGGGCGGCAGUGGUAGGACCAUUCCCUUCACUUCUCUACAUAGGCGAGUUGAAUGCAGCCAUUAUGUCAAUCAAGACAGGACUAUGGACAUUCAGACCUUAUUUACGCCACAUUCUUAUCCCACCUCCCCCCCCCCACCGCCACAGCCAGGACAACCUGAACUAAAGCUGCUUAUUAACAUGCAUUUUACUAAGAUGGGUGAUUGGUAAUGUCUAUCCUGAAUGGCAGUGUCUUUCCAAGAUCUCAGGCAAAGGUCAGCCUUGAUACCAGAGAUGGUAGGGAUUGGACCUAGGACUCUACACAUGCAAAGUAUGUGCUCUGCUAGUGAGUUUAUGACCUCCAAGCGUUGCCAGCUAGAAUUCAGACCCAGAACUUUUUCUCCCUUUCCAAGUGGACCCUGGCAAGCAGACAAUUCCAACUCAAACUAAGCAUGGUCUUCUGCCACCCAGCUCACUAAUAUGCCAGUCUGUCACAGGCCACAGAGAAAAGCAGACCUCCCAAUUCCAGUGUUAGUUAAGGAGAUGAAUGGAACUAUGCACUGGAUGCAGAUGCAGCAACAAGUAAACUUGGGUGGACAAUCACCUUAGCUGUUGCUUCUAUUCAUCAACAAGAUUCCCAAUAGCCAUUUCAGGAAGGGCCCCUAUGCCUUUGAACACAGAGAUGCAGCAACAGGAUAAGUCUGAUCUGCUGCUAGAGGCUCUUAGAGCCUCGCCAGAAAAAAAGUUGACAACCCAAGUUUUAUUAAGUAGUGGCGUCUCAACACUUUUCUUGUCAGUAUCACUAUGAACUAUUCGGAUGCAACGUGUGGAAAAUAGGUAACAUUCGGUCAUGGAGAUAUGGCUGCUUUUUGAGGGUGGGGUGGGGAUUAGGUUAGAUAGUAAUGUUUGUUGCAAGAUAUUUUAGAAUUAACCCAAACCUUUAUAUGGAACUGGCAAAAAAAGAGGAAUAUUUAGACAAGGCUGCAUAUAAUUGCGAUUCUGCAGAAGCAUAGCCAUUAACAUCUUGGAAGACCUCUGCUUUCUUUCUUUAAAAAGCAAGUUUUAGCCUUCAUAGUUGUAAAGAUUACCUCAUACUUUCAAGUUUAUUACCUGGCUAGUGUCCCAGAAGUAAAGUGUGUGUUUUGGAGGCAGGGGCUCAGCCAAAUGACACUUUUGCCUCUUUGGGUGAGCACAAGUAGCAUGACUCAGAUGUUCGCCACUUUGAUUGAUCUGAAUAAUUUAUCCACGUCUCUGAAUUUACCAUUCUUGGCACAGAAUGUUGACAUUUCAGGGUAGAGUUCUCACACAGCUCUGCUUUUAGGGAGCCUUUGAUACAGUGAUUGAAAUACUAUCAACUUCAGAUCAUUUUAACAAAACAGCCAUGCUGCUAAGAAUUAAUAGCUUGAUCUUAAAUAAAAAUAAAAAUCUGAGCUUGAAAGAAUAUGCAGCAGUUGUACAGCCAACCCGUAUUACACAUUUAAUGGUGUUAUAUGCUAGGAAUCCCUGCUUCUUGAUUCAGAGUCCUAGAGUGUAGACAUAGGCUAUCCUACUGAGGUGGUUUCAAAGGAACUACAUGAAAACCGUUUUUAAACUAGCAGUGCCAGUUCUUUUAAAUAUUGAUUUGGUCUCACCCAAUAUACUUUUACAGCUUCUUUAUUGAGUGUUGGCUAGUUUUAUGCCAACUUUAAAAGUUUUUCCUUUGUAAAUAAGAAUUCAGUGUUGGUGGUCUAACUGGAGUUCCUGUUUCCAGGGGAUUUCUACCUCAAAACUACGGCAUAGUGACUUCUAACUGACGACCACAAGAGCUGUUUGGCAGGGAUAUAGGGGUUACUGUUCUCGGGAAGAGGGGGAUAGAAAGCGUGUGUGGGGCGUCUCAGGUCAAACUAGGGUUGACCAAUGCAGAAUAUCCCAGAUAGGGACACCUUGACCACAGGGUGCAUGGGUGGGAAACCUGAGUGACGAUGCAACCAAGGACUGCAAACAGGGUAUAUGUACAUAUUUAGUAUAUAGGCUAGAACUGAGCAUCAUGUGGAUUUUAACUUUCAUUUUCUGUGAAGUUUCUAGCCCUUAUGGCUAUGGAAAGAAACUUGUAAACAAGUAGCUUGUCUGCCAGUCUCAGAAGCCACAGUAUUCUGUCCUAUCUUCCAUGGCUAAGGAGAAGAAACAGAAAAAAUAGUUGUUCUAUACACAUUUGAUUGUUUGCUAAUUUUAUUUUGGAUCUCACGGUAUGCACAGCCCUGAAUGGUGCCUGACCUUGCAGUACCAUAAAUAUAGCUGAAUGUACAUGAAUGGGAUGAGCACUAAGAGAAUACAGAUGCAAGACAGGGAACAAAAUAGAGACACAAGACAGGGUUGGACUCCCAUCUUUAUAGCUGGAAGGAGCCUGAAGAAGGUGGGAGCUGAACCAAAGGAAUGUGGAAAUCCCACAUGAAUGGAUCUUUGAAACCUCCAGCAUUCUGUGAGUAGGCCACUUGUGUUACAAAAGAGUUUGGAAGCCACUGCCUUAGUUGACUUGAGCCUGGAAUAUCUUGAAUUGCUAUCAUUCAGCAAUGUGUCUUUUAGGCUUAGUGUAGCCAAGGGAAAGCUGAAAAUAGAGUGCAGAACACAUUUUUUUCAAAAUUCAAAGUCGAUUUGAAAGCAGCAGCUCUGGGCAGGUUCUUGAUCAUGUGGGUGAAGGGCAGGGGACAAUGUAGUCUUAGGACACAGGGGAGAGUAUAACUAUUUGGAGCUCCUGUGGAAGCAGCCACAUUUUACUGGGUUUUUCUUGUCGGGGUUAUUGCUGGAAACGUCAUUGUUAGCACUGCAGAGUGAAUAGUUUGUUCUGAUUGGUUUCCACCAUUAAAUAUAGUUUGCUUGACUCUGA